AUGUGGAUGAAGUUAAUGUUAUCAGCUCUUUUGCUGAUGUCACUUUCGCCGGCAAACAACGGACUGCCAGUCGAGUCUAAAGUUGAGUGCAGCCAUGCAGCCGACAUUUUGUUUAUAGUAGACACGUCUUCCUCUAUUUGGCCUGGUUACUAUGGUGAUAUCAAAUCGUUCCUGAAGGAUGUCAUAAAAACGUUUAAAAUAGGGCCCAAUCCUUUGGACUCUAGAGUGGGAGUUUUGACGUUUAGCACAAGAGAGCACCUUGAGUUCCAUCUUAACAGAUACAAGACUGUUGAAGAAGUACUCAAAGCAGUUGACAACAUUAGAUUUCGUGGAGGCGAUACUUACACACACAGAGCCCUGGACUACGCAUCCAAAGUGAUGCUGACCCAAAAGUACGGUGCCAGAGACGAUGUUAACAAAGUGGUUGUUGUGCUCACCGACGGAAAAUCUGCCGACUCCAAGAAAACGGCCGAUAGCGCCACAGCCAUCAAGAAUCUUGGUGCUGACGUUUUUGCUAUUGGCGUGGGCAAAGGUGUAGACUUCCAAGAACUCAACGCUGUGGCAUCCAUGCCAACAGAGCAGUUCGUUUUCUCAGUCACCGACUACCGUGCUUUAGACAGCAUCAAAAAUGUAUUCGCUCAGAGCACAUGCCAGG